AUGACAUAUCGUGCCGGUCUCAGGUCGGUAUCCUUGAGAGGUAAUUUGACUCCGGAAGCCAUUACGUUUAUAAAAGCACGACCAGAGAUGUUCCUCAUAUGUCUAAAUCACAAUGUUCGAGAAUGGCUUUUGAAUGCCAAACAGAUCAUACAUGUACUUUGUGACUCCGUGACAAUCUAUGCAACCUUGUUGAAUAAGGUCCCCCAUUUCGACGACAUAACAGCUAUGGCAGAUAAAAACAAGGCAAAUAUGAGUCGCCUAGAAUACGAUAUUAACAAUAUUUUUGUCAAGUCCCUGAACAUUUGGGAAUGGGAGAAUCUUUCAUACGAAGAAAGAGUAAAGACUUUCGCUUCAAUAGUAUUGAGAAGUAUCUAUGAAGCUGUGGAAGAAUUGCGUAAAUGUAUUGUAUGCGUGGAGCUCUUCUUCCUGCAAUUUGACAAUUUAAGGAAGCUUAUUGUGCCGUGUCUCAUGAUAAACGUCAAAGUGGUACUACGUCUGGUGAAAAAGACAACUUUCUUGCUCGAGACAAAGACAAUAGUUGACAGGAAAGAUGAAAUUUGUUGGGAUCCCCUUAAGAAGCGUGCCGAUCUCAUAAGGAUCGAAGAUGUAACAGACGGUUUGAGACGUGAACUGCGUGUUUUGGAGACAGUUUUUUUGACGCUAGAUUCGUCCUUGAAGAACUAUACAGACAUACUUCUCGGAAAGCUGAUAUUAAAGCGCAAUAUCGAUAACGAUGAGCGAGAAAGCAUCAAACGCAGAACAAUUUGCUAUCAAGCGGCCGAGCAUGUGUUAAGUAUUCCUCUCACAGGUGAGCAGCAUUCACGUUUGUCGGUCUCCGAUAUUAGGAAGCAGCUCCUUUAUUUCACGUCUCUCACUCUUGCCUUUAUGGCAUUUGUGCUAUACAGGAUUCUAGAAAAGGAUGUUCAGACUGGUGUUCACGAAAAGGUGCAAGGAGGCUACGGUAAGUAUCAGGGCACCUACGUUCCGUUAGAUCUGGGUGCCGAAAUUGCCCGCAUGUUUGGUGUCUACGAGGUUUUGGAGCCAAUUUUCAAGUUUGUGUAUGUGGAAGGAAAGUCUGAUACACCACCACCAGCUCCAAAGCAUAAUCAUGCGUCUGCGUCCAAUAUUGCUCGAAGACAGCAAUCCUUUAAGACGUCAAAUGACCAUCUACUGCCAAAUGACGUGGGCCCUAGGAAGAAAUCGAAAGUAGAAGAUAACGGUGAGGAGCCUUCUAAAAAAAGAGGUCGUCCAAAGAGAGUACCGCUUCAAGGCAGAUAUAAACCAGAAUUAUCAUCUAGUCAAACGGUGCCAAUUUCUAACCCUAGAGGUCCAAGCAUGGGAACAUUUUCCUCCAGACAAGAUUCUUCCGCCUCCCAAAUGAUACCAUCAUUCCCGUCAUUAACAAGACAGGACACGGAAAAGGAUGCACUUCAAAUAAUGGCAAGUAAUCUCAGCAUAAGAAAUGAUGAUUUGGAACUGGACACAAGUGCAGACGAGAGUAAUCGUAAAAGACAUGAUUUACGGGACUCGAGUACGCGGGAUGAUGAUGAUGGAUUUUUAUCAGGAAGAGAGCUCUUUGGCGGGAAUGAUUCAUUCUCAGGUAGGGAAUCUUUUGAAAAGCUUUUGGAUUUUCAUAGGCGAAGCAGAAUCCAUUCAAGCAUGCCGUCUGGUCGCCAGAAUUCCCUAAAUGGGGUGAACUCAUCUUUCAAUGGUUUAACACAAUAUCAUCACACCCCGAUAUCAACGGGCCUUGUCGCUGAGAAGCAGAGUGGUAACGGCCUCUACGAUUAUUUCACAACGCUUCUUGAUUAUUUUUUACAUGAUGACAAAAGCUCGCAUACUGAAUGUAAAAGCGAGCAAGGUUUACCAGAUGAAAUAUUGAAUCCACCUGAACCUUUGAGCGAUAUCAAAAUCAACCAGAGAGUAGACAAUGAUGGGAAUUGUCUACUACACUGGGUAUGUGCGAUGGCGAACACUACGCUUCUACAGUUUUUGGUCACAAAAUUCGGCUCCUAUAUCGAUGUAGGAGCAAAAAACUAUUUGGGUGAGAGCCCCUUGAUGUUUAUGGUUAAGUUCAACAAUAGCUUUCAACAGCAAAAUUUUAUGAAGAUCAUUGAUUUGCUCGAAACGACUAUUCAAUUAACUGACAACAGGGGCCAGACGGUCUUGCAUCACAUCGCUAAUUCCUGUAAGGCAGGCCACCACAACGAGAGAGAUUCUGGCCAUCGACGUUUCAUGGAGCGAUACGCAAACUACUACUUGGAGAAGCUUCUAGACUUUCUUCUGGAAGAGAUUGGGUCCAAGAGCACCAUAAAGCUUCACUUUGCUGAAUUUUUGAAUGUUCAAGAUCUGGAGGAAAAUACAGCAUUACAUCUAUUUGCGUAUCAUCUCAGCAAAAAGUGCAUCAAAACAAUGAUCCGAUUCCACAAGUUGCUCAACUUGGAACUUAAAAAUGCUGUGAAUCACACGGUGGAGGAUUACCUUGCAUCUCACAACUAUGUACUAAGGAUCGAGGAUGAUGCGCCUGAAGAAAGAAAAGUUUUGAAUGUUUCCACAAAGGGUGAAAUGGAUCUACGGCACGACGAUUUUAGUCGCUCUCAAAGCUUCCAAUCACAAUUGCAAAAUACAAAGUUGGAGAUCAGUCGUCAAAACGAAGUGUCCAAUACUGUGACAGAGAAGCUUAGCGAGUUGGCUUAUGCGAUUGACCGAGAAUUGGGUGCUAAAGACGAGAAACUUUUCAGACUAUACAAAUGCCUUCGAAAAUUCUGCUAUGAGAAAUUCACCUCACAAAAGGCUAAUUUGAAAAUAUUUAAGCUAGACUAUCUUGUGGAGGACAUGGAAAAGGAAUACGAAUCAGGAAAACAUAUCAAUUCAAAGCUUGAUGGAGACAACAUGGUUUUUAAUGCAUCCCGAGACUUAAUUAUCCAAGAGGAGAUUGCAAGGCUUUUAAAUGAUAUGUCGUUUCAGUCUUUAAUCGCCAGGGAAGACUUGCAACGAAUGUGCGAGCAAUUCAUUAUUAGGAGGGAAAAGUUAUGUCUGCAGAGACUAUGGAAUGGUAUUGAAACGUCACAGAAUCUGGCGAAAGAGAAGAGCAACGACGAACGAUUACGUUCCGCGGUUGAACUCCAAGGUGAAAUUCAAAGAAGAAGACUCCUUGCUGGGCAAAUUUACCAUCUCGAAGGUGCCACACCACUAAUGAACUGGAAUAACGAUGACUACAAAGAGAACCAAUCUGGCAAUACAGACAAAAUUGAUGAAAGUCUCGCGAAGCUAGAGGGCGUGAUGUCUGGAAUACCGCGCGAAGAUAAGUUGUUCAAGUAUUGCAAAUUGAUAGCCUUGAGUUGCGGUAUGUCUAUCACGGAAGUGGAGCAGUCCAUUGACUUGAUUGAGGAAUCACUUCUUCGAAACAAGCGUUAG